UAUUUUUUUUUAAAGUACUUUUCAAGAACCAGAGGAAAAACCCUGAAAUUAACAGUGAACAAUUAAUUCCACACAGAGUGAGCGUUUUGGUGUUGCUGAGAUGGGGAAAGCAGCGAGAGAGCAACUGACCCGAGCUCUGAACGAGCACCUCAACACCAUACAUGAAACUUUUCAGAUGCUGGAUCAAACACCAGCCUCAUCCCUUGACAAAGUCGGCUGGAAGGAGGUCAUUCAGAUGGGCGAACAAGUCUCCAAACAAGCUACUACUGUUGGAAUGCUUUACACUGGAGAGACCCCUGGAGUUAAAGCCCUUGAAGAAAACAUGGCUACAUACUUCAAUAUGUUGCAAGGUUUCCUUUUACUCUCUCAUGGAAGUUCAAUGGGUGCAGGACCAACCCUCUCUUCUUGCAUUCAUAGAACUGUAAAGCAAGUUAUUGACAGCAGCUUCUUGCUAUUACAGGAAGCAGUCUCUUCAUAUGGAUCACAAAAUAAAGCUCAGAAACUCUCUAUCCCACGACUUGUAGGUGCAGUCUGGGAUGCUUGCGCUGCCCUGAAGAAGACUCCCGCCACAAAUGUUACAGCAAUUGGACAAGCAAUGACACAAGUUGCUGUUUCCAUGAAAGAUGUUCUUCGGGAAAUGAAGGAACUGAAGCCAGCUUCUUCUGACCCCUCGGAUGAAUCUUCUGGUGAGAGUUCGACGAAAGCAGUAGACAAAUCCAAUGACGAUGAUGAUUCAUGCGACGAAGAUUUGGGCAAUGAUUUGUCACCUGAAGAGAUGAAAAUCGUGCAGUUAGCUACCGCCAUCCUGUCUGAAAUACUGGUGGUUAUUAAAGAACUAAUUCGAUCCAUUACCGCAUUGCUUCAGCAGGAAAACUCUGAUGGUUGUGCCAUUUCAGUUGAUUCUCUGGAAAAACUUUUGAAACUCUGCCAAGGAUUAGGAGUACAGGUUGAUGAGCUGGGGGCGUGCCUUUACCCACCACAAGAAAUUUCUGCAAUUAAGGUAGCUCUGGAAAAAAUUUCAAGCUUCACUAAGGAAACAGAAACCGAACUACAAAAUCUUAAAGGUUUUACAGAUGAUUUUAGCAAGGCUUGCACUGGUUUGAGGAGUUCGUUGAGGCAGUUGGAAUUUGAACUGGGUUGUCCAGGCGCCACUGAUCUUGUCCCAGAACUGGAGAGUCUUGUUGUAAGCAAUUAGAAAGGAGUUUGACUUGUCUAGCUUUUAUUGAGUGUGUUAAAGGUGAAGGGAAUUAAUUUCUCUCUUAUAGAUCAUUUUCAUAUAGUACGCACCAACCAACUUAAUUGGACUGCUUAGUUGUUCAAGA